AGCUCCAACCUGAGUCAGGUGGAUAGUUAGUUGGAUCGGAUCCUAGCCAAGGAAACAUCGCGCUCCUUCCACCCUUUACUCUCAGAUUUCACAGGCAAUAUCUCCAAAGAUGCAUCGAGUGACUCUCUUCGCUGUGUGCCUCUUGGUCGCCGCCUCAGUGCUUCUGCCGGAGGCGGAGGCGAGGCCGCAGAUUCACUCGUACGACGUCGCCGAAGUCAAUGCCGAAGUCUUCGAGGAACAGGACGAGGUGGAGGAGUCCGAACGCGGAGGAAAUUACGUCGAGAUCCAGGAGAGCGUGGUGGAGGACGGCGCGUCCCCCACGGGCGCCGCCGGGAGCAUCGCCCUCGAAGUCCUCGACGAAGUUGGAGACGCCCUCGGCUCCAGGGGCGACGGCCUGCGCAGGAUGGAGGCGCUGCUCAAGGCCUCCCGGGGCGGCUACGGCAGAUGAGAUUCCCUUUAAAUGUGACUGAGAUCCCAGAGAAAUGGAACGAAUGCUUCAAGAACGUUUCACGAUUGUAUAGACAUCAGCAUAUAUUUUUUAUAAUAAAAGUAAAGAAAAUAUA